CAUGGAUUCCCUGGGGCCUGGGAACCACACUGCAGUGACAGACUUCAUUUUACUAGGCUUAACUGAUGACCCAGUCCUUCGAGUCAUCCUCUUUGUCAUCAUCUUGUGUAUCUACCUGAUGACUGUAUCUGGAAAUCUCAGCACAAUCAUUCUUAUCAGAACCUCUUCUCAGCUCCAUCAUCCUAUGUACUUUUUUCUGAGCCACUUGGCUUUUGCUGACAUGUGCUUUUCAACUUCUGUCACACCCAAUAUGCUUGAAGACUUCCUGGUGCAGGGAAAUCCAAUCUCCUAUCAUGGAUGUGGCAUGCAGCUUGGUUCAACUGCUGUCUUUGGGACAGUUGAGUGCUUCCUUCUGGCUACAAUGGCAUAUGAUCGCUUUGUGGCAAUCUGCAACCCACUGCUUUAUCCAACCAAAAUGUCCACACAAGUCUGUGUUCAGUUCCUCAUAGUGGCUUACGUGGGUGGUUUUCUCAAUGCUUCCUCCUUUAUUAUCUGCUUCUAUGUUUUACUGUUCUGUGGACCAAAUCACGUCAAUCAUUUUUUCUGUGAUUUUGCUCCUCUAGUAGAAGUCUCCUGUUCUGAGAUCAAUAUUCUUAUAGUUGUCCCCUCAUUUACAUCUGGCUCCAUCAUUUUGGUCACAGUGUUUGUCAUAUUUGUCUCCUACAUCUACAUCCUCAUCACCAUCCUGAAGAUGAACUCCAACGAGGGGCGCCACAAGGCCUUCUCCACCUGCACUGCCCACCUCACAGUGGUCACCCUGUUCUAUGGGACCAUCACAUUCAUAUAUGUGAUGCCCAAGUCCACCUUCUCAACUGACCAGAACAAGGUGGUGUCUGUAUUCUACACAGUGGUGAUUCCCAUGCUGAACCCCAUCAUCUACAGCCUCCAGAACAAAGAAAUUAAGGGGGCUCUCAAAAGAGUGCUUCGCAAAAAACCAUUUUCUUACUGA